AUACUGAUGAUCCCGAAUACAUACGUCAGAUUAUCCGGCCUGCUGAAAUAAAGGAAGAUCUACACUUGAUGGAACAACGGCAACGGGUUUCACGUGUCUUGAAAUCUGAGGCCUUUCGCAAAGAGCUUGAGGACGUCAUCGAAACAUUUAACCGUUCUAACGAUUCAACAGGACUAAACAGUAGUCUUUUGUCGCUGCAGCACUUGACGGAACUUUUAUCUGUGGCCCCUGGGAAGCGCCCACUAACAGGCGGUGGAUUCACAAAAGGUGGUCAGGCUGGUGUCAUUCCCAUCAAUGAUCUACGUGGAGCCGAUGCCAGUUACUACUCCAGGCGAGAGCGAUUACUACGAUGCAAGCUUGCCUGCGUCUACCGUUUGAUUGAUCUGUUUGGCUGGAACACGAGCAUUUACAAUCAUGCAACGGUUCGCCUAAGUCGCAACGAAGAGCACUUCCUUAUCAACCCAUUUGGCCUUCUUUACCACGAAGUAACUGCUUCAUCCCUCAUAAAACUGGAUAGUCAAGGACAGAUCCUCGAUCCUGGGUCAACUGUCCUUGGUGUACACCAAACUGGCUGGCUUCUUCACUCAGCUGUGCACGCAGCCCGCCCAGAUAUUAGAUGCGUAAUACACCUGGACACCCCGGCAACGAUCGCGGUUUCGUGCAUGAAAAGUGGUCUCCUGCCCCUGUCUCAGGAGGCGAUAAUUCUCGGCGAUGUAGCCUACUAUAAUGGCACUACAGCUCUUGGUAUUGAAAACCCGAAUGAAAGUGGAAAUGCCGCCUCUGUCGAUGUCAGUGCCGAGCGUGCUGCCAUUAACGAGGCUCUCGGACCGGACACACAUAUCCUCUUUAUCCGUUGUCGUGGUCUUCUG